GUUUGGCGAAGAGCUCGCUUGUUACAAAGCUUGGACCUCCGGAGGAGAUGGAAGUUUUCUCCCUCAUCUUGGUCGUGUCCGUCUGUUGGACUCGAACCUGGAAAGCGGCGAUUGCAGAUUCAAUCAUUCAUAUCGGGGCGAUUUUUGAUGAAUCUGCCAAAAAAGAUGAGGAAGUUUUUCGAAUGGCGGUUGCUGAUCUCAACCAGAAUGAUGAGAUCUUACAGACGGAGAAAAUCACAUGUUCGGUGACCUUUGUGGAUGGCAACAAUCCAUUUCAGGCAGUUCAAGAAGCCUGUGACCUGAUGAACCAGGGCAUCCUGGCCCUUGUCAGCUCCAUUGGCUGUACGUCAGCAGGAUCCCUGCAGUCGCUGGCAGAUGCCAUGCACAUCCCUCAUCUCUUCAUCCAACGCUCAACAGCAGGAACGCCAAGGAGCGGCUGUGGGCUCACCAGGAGCAACCGCAAUGAUGACUACACGCUCUCCGUCCGGCCCCCUGUCUACUUAAAUGAUGUCAUCUUGAGGGUGGUCACAGAAUAUGCCUGGCAGAAGUUCAUCAUUUUUUAUGAUAACGACUAUGAUAUCCGUGGAAUACAAGAGUUUUUGGACAAAGUUUCUCAACAGGGAAUGGAUGUAGCAUUGCAGAAAGUAGAAAACAACAUCAACAAAAUGAUCACAGGCCUCUUUUCCAGUAUGCGAAUAGAAGAACUGAACCGCUACCGGGAUACUCUGAGACGGGCUAUUCUUAUAAUGAACCCCUUGACAGCCAAAUCGUUCAUAACAGAGGUUGUGGAAACUAAUUUGGUUGCUUUUGACUGUCACUGGAUCAUUAUAAAUGAGGAAAUAAACGAUAUGGAUGUGCAGGAACUGGUGAGAAGGUCAAUUGGAAGGUUAACAAUUAUUCGACAGACAUUUCCAGUCCCCCAAAACAUAAGUCAGCGAUGUUUCCGUGGCAAUCACAGGAUAUCUUCAUCACUGUGUGAUCCGAAGGACCCUUUCUCCCAGAGCAUGGAGAUUUCAAACCUGUACAUAUAUGACACUGUCCUCCUUUUGGCAAAUGCCUUUCAUAAGAAGCUGGAGGACAGGAAAUGGCACAGCAUGGCCAGCCUCACCUGCAUCAGGAAGAACUCUAAACCCUGGCAAGGAGGACGAUCCAUGUUGGAAACCAUCAAGAAGGGUGGAGUGAAUGGCUUGACUGGAGAACUGGAAUUUGCAGAAAAUGGUGGGAAUCCCAAUGUGCAUUUUGAAAUUUUGGGGACAAAUUAUGGAGAAGAUCUUGGCAGAGGCAUCCGCAAGCUUGGCUGCUGGAAUCCCGUCACUGGCCUGAAUGGAUCAUUAACAGACAGAAAGUUGGAGAAUAACAUGCGAGGAGUGGUUCUGCGUGUGGUGACUGUGCUGGAAGAGCCCUUUGUCAUGGUGUCUGAAAAUGUUCUGGGGAAACCGAAGAAGUAUCAGGGCUUUUCAAUAGAUGUGUUGGAUGCCUUGGCCACUUACCUUGGCUUUAAGUAUGAAAUUUAUGUUGCGCCGGAUCACAAGUAUGGGAGUCCUCAGGAUGAUGGGUCAUGGAAUGGACUGAUAGGAGAACUGGUAUUUAAGAGAGCUGAUAUAGGGAUCUCUGCCCUAACCAUCACCCCUGACAGGGAAAAUGUGGUGGACUUCACAAUGCGUUACAUGGACUACUCAGUAGGUGUGCUGCUUCGAAAGGCAGAAAAGACAGUGGACAUGUUUGCCUGCUUAGCACCAUUUGACCUCUCCCUGUGGGCGUGCAUAGCUGGCACUGUGCUGUUAGUAGGGCUACUGGUCUACCUCUUGAACUGGCUCAACCCACCACGUCUUCAGAUGGGAUCUAUGACCUCUACAACCCUCUACAACUCCAUGUGGUUUGUGUACGGAUCCUUUGUGCAACAAGGAGGAGAGGUUCCAUACACAACCCUGGCAACUCGACUGAUGAUGGGAGCUUGGUGGCUUUUUGCUUUGAUUGUCAUCUCCUCCUACACAGCAAACCUAGCAGCUUUCCUCACCAUCACACGCAUAGAGAACUCCAUCCAGUCUCUCCAGGAUCUCUCAAGGCAGACGGAUAUUCCUUAUGGCACUGUCUUGGACUCUGCAGUCUAUGAGCACGUCCGAGUGAAAGGGAUGAAUCCUUUUGAGAGGGACAGCAUGUAUUCCCAAAUGUGGCGGAUGAUUAACAGAAGCAACGGCUCAGAGAACAAUGUCUUGGAAUCAACCGCAGGAAUUCAGAAGGUGAAAUACGGGAAUUACGCUUUUGUGUGGGACGCAGCAGUACUGGAGUACGUGGCCAUCAACGACGGAGACUGCUCUUUUUACACGGUCGGGAACACUGUUGCGGAUCGAGGAUACGGGAUUGCACUGCAGCAUGGUAGCCCCUACCGAGACGCUUUCUCACAAAGGUAUCUGAUUAGAGCGUAUAAGGGCACCCACCAGGAGCUGCAGCAAAAGCAGGUAUUUUUUAUGGCAAGAGUGCCAUCGUGUGGGAAGCUUCUGCAGCACGCAAGAAGAGCGGUGCCUAUGUGCAACCUGCAGGAAACCUUCCUUCCUCGUGAUGUUUUUCAUGCAUUUCAAUAAACGUACGAUUUUCAUUUCUGAAAACGUGCUAUAAAAAUAAGAAGUUUCAUAACUAGGAACAAUUUGGUAGUGUUAAAUUUUCUUAAUGUGUGAACUAUUACUUUGGUUCCACGUAUCAUCGAAUUCAGAAACAAAGUGUUUACGGAGUCUAACAGAAGCAGAACCUCCCCUUUUCAUUAUAUGAGGUUCAUGUAGUUAGAUACUCGUGCUCUUACUUCUCUUGAUGUGUAUUUUAUCUUCCAACGUCUGUUUUCAGCUGCAGCAUUAAAAAGCUUUGUUAUAAGCUUUCAAUUUUUCAGGCUUUUCCAUGUAAUGAUACAAUUACUGUCCCUGUUUUUUGCGGGGGUUUUUCCUGUUUUCCUUUAAAUAAUUGAACAUAUAUAUUACAUCCAUAAAGAAAAUUGGCACUAAUUACCAGGAGUACAAUUAGGAAUAAAUCUCUUUUAAGGAACAAGCUAAAGUUCAGUGUCUUUAUGCAAAUGCCUAUUGCUGAAAAGAUGUCUUCUGUAAUCAGGAAUUAUACUGACAAGUGAAGAAUCAUUUAAUUAAUGAGAAUAGAGCAAUCAUUUGGAUAGUUCAUUCUAUUACUGACUGAAUAAAAGAGAGAAAAUAGCCCUGUGCAAGGAUUAGAGCUGCUGAUGAAAGAAAUAAGCCCCACAGUGUUGUUAUGUUACUGCCUUGUGUAGAUAGUACAGUAAUUCCUAAAUAUAAAACCACAUAUGCAAAUGCUUGUAUUAGACAUCAAAAAUUAACCUUCUGUUACUCCACACGAAGUUAUACAAAAGGGUUCUGUUUCUGCUGAUGAUCUGCUGCUCCUGCUAACCUAACAGACUGGAAUAUUUGAGCCAAAAUGCUCACCUAAAUCCUAAUGGAGGAUGCCAGGGCAGCAAGAAGCAGAAUUACAGUGAGUUACCUCUGCAAACACUGUAUGGCAUGAUAGAAAGUAGUGUUUGCAGUCACAAAGGAGUAAUUGUGGUGGGAAGGGGCCUCUGGAGGCCUCCAGCCCAGUUUCAGGUUGUCCCAGUUGCAUCUGUUCCUGGCACUGGGUCUGGGUCCAGUUUCUCUACACACUCCCAGUAGGCAGCUCUGGGUUACGAUGGCCACAAUCCUGUGUAUGGUCCGUGUGUCUCCAAAGCUCCUCUAGAGCUGUGCUGGGGUUUCAGCCACUGCUGGCUGCAUGAAGUCUCCUGUUCCUGGCAGGACCACAGCAUAAGUUUAUGCUCGUUCAGAUGUGCCAUAGAAAAUGUAGUGGCUUCAUUGACAUGACUACCUAUUCAAGUGGCAUUACAGAUUUAAUUAUAUUUGUAUAGAGUAGUUGUCAUGUACUACCAAGAUGCAUUCAAACACCUUCUCAUAAUACUGUAUUUUUCUGAGGUUGAGGUAGACCACUGCAUUGAGCUGUUGUGGUAGCCCUGAGUCAGUUGGGGCAGCUUUUCUUCCUCCUUCAAUGCCAUACGGUCUCUGGUAGCAGUGUCCCAGACUUCUGUUGGUUUGUGUGUACUUGGAUUUUUUGCCUGCUGUGUCAAAUGAUUGCACAAGUAAUUGUUUGCUUUUCAACACUGAAAUGGAAAAAAAAUUUAUUACAUGAAGGAAAAUAUUUCCCUGUCUUAUUGUUUGUAAGUGUAAUCAUUGAAUUUUUUAUUUUGGGUAACCAGAUGCAUCCAGCUUCUACUCUAGUCACUUCUGGAUGUUUUCUUAAAAACAUUCUCCCUGGGAAUAAAUUAACUAAAUAUGAAAAUCUUCUUCCAAACAAAAUUCUCAUUUCUGAAACUGUUCAUCCCACAGGAAGUCUAGCUAAAUAUGUUGGCCUUGCAAGCUGCCCAGUAAAUCUUUGCCAGUGGGCUGGGUAUGUAGAUGCAAGGAGGAGUAAUUCUGCAGCAGAGAACCUUCCUACGGAAAUUGCUUCCCAGCAGGUUGCACACUCCCCUUGAGCAAGAUUAGUUUAGGUCUUUACUGACUGCAGCUAAUACAAUUCUGUGCUCUCUCCAAAGCAGCAAGUAGGUAACCUGAUAAACAUCAUUUUACAAUAAGGUGAAGUGUUACCUCUGGUACAUCUGAACUGUUUUUUCUUAUUCUUUUUUUUUUUUUUAAUUGGAAUGUCUCUUCUUUAGUAAUUAAAAUGCAAAAUAUAUAUUAUCAAAUGCCUAAUACACUACAGAAGUCAAUUGACAUAGUCUGUAGUGAAAGCCAGUUAAGAAAAUAUGGUAUGUUAAGUAAAGCAUUUUCAUUAAGGGUCUUAAAAGAAAUAGAGGCUUGUAUGUGCUUUCCUGUAUCUAAAGCGGAACAUAGAUAUACAUAUGCUCAGUCUUACAGACAACCUUAUAUUCUGGCUUUCUUUUGUCCCCAGAUCAGUCCAUCUGAAUUUGUCAGCUGCUUGGCUUUCCAAGAAACAUGGGAAGGUUGCAAGUAGUCAGAUUACAUAUUCACACUCUCAGUUGCCACCCCCACUGCCCCACUGUAACUCCUGACUCUUUGCUUUCUCCUCAAGGAUUUUGGAGCUGCAGCAGAAUGGCGAC